UGACGUUUCGCGGGAACCAGGUGACGUUUUCAUCACACGUGGGUAGCACGCUGAAUUUGUUGCUGAACGUGAAAUAAUAGGAAAACAAAAGCAAUGGCGAAUUGUGCUGGAAAUUUAGCAUUGUUGAGUGUAUCGGACAAAACAGGAUUAACAGAAUUUGCUCAGAAGUUAUCUACCCUUGGUCUGAAAUUGGUAGCAUCUGGUGGAACAGCUAAGUGUAUCCGAGAUGCUGGAAUAGAAGUCAGUGAUGUGUCGGAAAUAACUGGUGCACCAGAAAUGUUGGGUGGGAGAGUCAAGACCCUGCACCCCAAAGUCCAUGGUGGUAUCUUGGCCAGGUUAACAGAUUCUGAUCAAGAUGAUCUGAAUUCCCAGAACAUCGAAAUGAUCAGGUUAGUCGUCUGUAACCUGUAUCCAUUUGUGAAGACAGUGGCUGACCCUGAUGUCCUGAUAGAGAAAGCUGUGGAACAGAUUGAUAUUGGUGGGGUAACUUUACUGAGGGCAGCUGCCAAGAACCACAUGAGGGUGUCUGUCAUCUGUGACCCCCAAGACUACAACAGAGUCUUGGACGAGAUGUCUAAGUCACCUAGUAAGGACACAACCUUAGAAACAAGGAAGACAUUAGCAGUCAAGGCAUUUAACCACACUGCUGACUAUGAUGCCGCUAUCUCGGACUACUUCAGACGUCAGUAUGGAGCUGGAACAUCUCAGCUGAGUCUCAGAUAUGGAAUGAAUCCGCAUCAGAAACCAGCGCAGAUCUCAACCAACCUCUCAGAGCUUCCACUAAAAGUUGUGAAUGGCUCCCCAGGCUUCAUCAAUCUCCUGGAUGCCCUGAAUGGGUGGCAGCUUGUCCGGGAACUUAAGGCGGCUCUGGGCAGACCAGCGGCCACCUCAUUCAAACACGUCAGUCCGGCAGGAGCCGCUGUAGGGGGACAGGGAAUGACAGAGACAGACAAAAAGGUGUGUAUGGUGGAGGACAUGACAGAGUUAACUCCCCUAGCUGAAGCUUAUGCCAGAGCAAGAGGUGCUGAUAGGAUGUCUUCCUUUGGAGACUUCAUUUCUCUCUCUGACCCUUGUGAUGUGCUGACUGCUAAAAUCAUCUCAAGGGAGGUUUCUGAUGGAAUUAUUGCCCCUGGAUACCUACCCGAGGCCCUGGAGAUCCUGAAGAAGAAAAAGGGCGGAAACUACUGCAUACUCCAGAUCGAUCCUGCAUAUGAACCUCCCAUCAUGGAAACAAGGACUGUGUUUGGACUACAGCUCAAUCAGAAACGUAAUGAUGCAGUCAUCAACAGCGAUAUGAUGAAGAAUGUUGUUACAGCUAGAAAAGAGCUGAGCAAGGAAGCUAUACAAGAUCUGAUAGUGGCCACUAUAACACUAAAGUACACCCAGUCCAAUUCUGUGUGUUAUGCCAAGUCUGGCCAGGUGAUUGGCAUUGGGGCUGGACAGCAGUCCAGGAUCCAUUGUACUCGACUGGCAGGGGACAAGGCCAAUAACUGGUGGUUGAGGCAACAUCCAAAAGUGUUGGGAAUGCAAUUCAAGACUGGAGUCAAGAGAGCAGAGAAAAACAAUGCCAUUGACCAAUAUGUCCUGGGCCUAGUGGGCAAAGACAUGGAUCAAAAUACUUGGGAAGCUAUGUACGAAGUAGUUCCAGCCCCUCUCUCAGAGGUGGAGAGGAGCCACUGGAUCUCCCAGCUGAAGGGCGUGUCGCUCAGCUCCGACGCCUUCUUCCCAUUCAGAGACAACAUCGACAGAGCAGUCAUGAGUGGGGUUGAGUACAUCGUCGUCCCAGGGGGCUCCACCAAUGAUGCUGGGGUGACAGAAGCCUGUAACCAGCAUGGCAUCAUUAUGGUUCACACAGAGACUCGCCUCUUCCACCACUGAGGAAAAGGAUGGGUGUAGUACGGGUCGUCGUUACAUGGACAGAUAGAGGGACCAAUUCUAUAUCAAGGGUUGUGCUUGUAUAUGCAAUCUGUUGACCAUGUUUUUUUGGAUACAAUUGUAUAUAGUGCUUUGAUCUCAACUAUUGCCAUAUGAUUUAAAAGAAAUGUUUAUACAUUGAUAAAUCUGACAUUUUUUUUUCCCAACAUAAAUGACAAGAAUUGUUUAGUUGAUUAUAAAAUUUUUCAAGUAUGUUUGUGGUUAUUUCAUCUCUUUCCAUGCUCUGGUUGUUGCCCAUAAAGGGCUUGAACAAUACUCACUUUUUUUACGUUUGUUUUUUUUUUAAAGCUGAUGUGCCAUAAUCCUCAUAGAUCUGAGCAAAUAUUUUCAUAGAGUUACAUUUAUUUUCAUAAAGUUUAUUAUUAAUAAAGUAGAUGAACUAUA